AUGAUGUCCCACACAGCACCGAGCACCGCGGUAGAACAUGUCGAGAAUGUGUCGGCGUCGAUGGAAGCCAACAACCCAGACUAUGUGCCCAUCGACAAUGAGACCGAUUACAGCGAUUUCCUGUACCUAGCGCCACCGCUGUCGACCGAGUUCCUGCCCCUUCAACCCACCACCACCGACAAGGCUGCUGUGCGGCCCAUGGUGAAAAAGUCCAAAGUCCGGCCGUCAGAGACCUUCAACACGGGCACCACACCUCCCCCGACCACCCCGGCCAAGGAGAAGCCCUACGCAGAGGCGACCUUCCCGCCGGUCCUUCCGGCCGACGAGAUGGCUGCCAAGGCCGCCGAGCGACGAGAGCGCAGACCCAGCUUCGUCGAAGUCACGCCCGUCAAGGUCCAGCACGAGCACGAAAAGCACAAUGACGCACACGGCCACCACGCCCAGAGAAGGCGGUCCUCGCACGAGUCGGGGCCCAUGGGCUGGUGGCCCGAGGACGACGCCAAGGCGCAGCACGAGUGGGUGGAGCAGAACGAGGAAGAGGAUGUCAUCGAGGAGGACGUCUGGAGUGAUGCAUUCUACGAGUAA